AACCCAGUAUCCUAUUUUACUUUUUCAAAGCCCAUAAACUCACCAGUUUAGUUUAGGUUUAGUUCUGUUACACUAUAAAACCAGAGCCAGUGCAAAGAACUUCAUCAUCCACUAAUGAGAUAAACCUAGCCGCUAGACGAAACCUAAGUCUCUUCGAGAUUCAUAUAAUUGAAAUGGAACAAUCAACUACACCAAAAGUACCGACUAUACCCGAAAUUAAAAUCAAAUCUAAUCAGAAAAAGAAGAUUCCUUCUCCUAAGGAGUUGAUAUCUUAUUAUGAAUCUCAAGGGAUGGAUUCACAUGAAGCGUCUUUGAAGGUAAUUGAGGAUUUGCAGAAAGCUUUAUUUGGAGUGAUUUCAUCUGGAAGAGGUAAAAACGAUAGGGUUUUGAAUGAAUCUUCUAGAAUGAUGGAUUUUGUAAACAAUAGACUUGCGGUACUUGACAUGAAGUUGGAUACUAAGCCUGGUUAUGUUGAGACGUUUGCAAUUGGUGUUGUUUCUGGUGCAGCUCUGAAUGGAAUUGGGGCUAUAUUGCCUCGUAUUAUUUCUCCUAUUGCUCAGAUUUGGAAUUCUGUUACUACGGCCACUAAAUCUGCACCUCAAUGACAUUUUUGAUUCAGUUUUAGUUUUGUAUGUAUGUACACUAUUAUUCAAUUUAAUCUAUUCGUAAAUUUUGUAUUUUUGUUUAAAUGAAUUAUUAAAGUAAAUAUUUGACAGCUUA